AUGAAGAUAACAGAAAGCUAUUCACCAGAAGAUCGCUGGGUGCCACAGGAUGCCACAUGCCUAGAAACGGAGCUAUGUCUACCGGAUGGUAUAAUACGCUCCGGUAACGAACAGGAUUCGCAAGAAACCGGUCCAAUGCUACUAUCGCAGCACAAUAAAAUCAAAGUGAAAGAAUCAUCGGAUGAAAAGGAAACGACAAAACACGCAAACGAGCACUGCACAAAACUCAACGAACCGUACUAUACCGACAGCAAACAAAAUCGCACCCUUGCGGAGGUUGUUACCGUGUCUACAACGAAAGGCGUAUUCCAUCAGUUGCUGCUCACAUCUGCCGUGCUACUUCUGGCUGCCGCCUGUGGUAUGCCAAUUGGCUACUCAGCUGUCCUAUUGCCACAACUCUACGAUACCAACGAAACCCUGUCGAUCGAUAUUGAGAUGGGUUCAUGGAUUGCGAGCGUACAUAGCCUGGCGACACCAAUCGGAUCGUUUGCCUCCGGUCCUAUCAUGGAUCGUUGGGGACGACGUCCCGCUCUCUUGCUAGCCAUCGUACCGCUCUUCACCGGUUGGGUGCUACUCGCUACAGCAUCAUCUCAUUUCCUACUUCUCCUGGGGCGUGUAGUAGCUGGAAUCUCCGUAGGAUUAAUCGCUGCACCGGCACAAAUUCUGCUGGCAGAAAUAGCGGAACCACGGUUACGUGGCCUUCUGAUCGGUGCACCGUUCGUGUCCUAUUCGCUCGGCAUUCUGCUCGUGUACGCUCUCGGUAGCCAGUUCCACUGGCGUGAAGUUGCCUGGGGUGGUACGGUGCUACCAUUGCUGUCCUUCGUUGCGCUGUUCUUCGCACCAGAAUCACCUGUGUGGCUUGCCCGCAACGAUCAGCCCGAUCGUGCCUCGGCAGCACUAACCUGGCUCCGUGGCUGUCCGUUACAGGCGAAGCAGGAGCUACACAAACUUACGGAACGGUUCGAGGAAGAACAGCAGCAAAACAAUGGCCGGCCGCAACGGUUCUGGAAAUCGCUUGGUGAAAUCGCCAUUAUUAAACCGCUCAUCAUCAUUAACGCAUUCCACGUGCUGCAAAUUCUCUCCGGCACGUAUCUCGUCGUAUUCUACGCCGUGGACAUCAUUUCCGAUCUGGGCGGCAGUGAUAUCAACUCCAUUCAGGCAGCCGUACUUACAGCGAUCGUGCGUCUUGCAUUUACACUCCUAUACUGCUUCCUGCUGCUAAUGAUGCCACGCCGGCUAAUGGUUACGCUCAGCGGUCUCGGUUCCGGAUUGAGUUGCGUGGCGAUCGCAGCAUUCAUGUACAUACGUGCCGAUGAACCAAAAACCCAGUACGACACGUAUGUCGCCGCGAUACUUAUAUUGAUCUACAUCGGUGCCAACACCGGCUUUAUGACCAUGCCCGGCAUAAUGAUCGGUGAACUGUUGCCAGCAAAAAUACGUGGCCAAAUAGCGGGCUAUCUCUUUACCAUCUUCAACCUGUUGCUGUUUGGUGUGGCGAAAGGAUUUCCAUACGCUAAAGCAGCACUCAAAACGCGAGGUCUGUUCCUUAUGUUCGGUUUCGCCUCGUUCGGUGCAUCGCUGCUGUUGUUCUUUUUGCUACCUGAAACCAAAGGACGCACGCUGCACGACAUUGAGGAUUACUUCCAGCAGCGAAAUUGGCUCUGGAUGAAUCGGAAACGUGCUCCGAAAGAGCGGUCCGUUGGUGGCGAAGAAGGACGACCACUGUCGAACGAGUGA